AUAUUUAAAUCAUUUUUAUAUCUGCUGCGUAUUAUUGUUUAACAUUGAUAUUUAAUAUAUAAAAAACAUAUAGUUGAAAACGUUUUAUCAAAUAUAUCAUAAAAUAUAUUAUGAAUGAACAUAAAUGAAUAAUACAUAUACAUAUAUUGAUGCUUACCAAAAAUAAAUUCAAAUUUAUUUUAUAAUUGUAUUCUGAAGUGACAGUAUUUCUUCUUUAUCGAAGUUAUCAAUAUAACAUAAAUUAUUAUAAAUUUAUUAAAUUUUAUAUAUGAAGAAAAUUUUGAUAAAUAAUGCAAAUGAUUAAUUAUUAAUUAUUAUAAUUAGUUAAAUUAUUAAUAUAAUAUAUAAUAAAAAUUAUGUAGAUAAAAUGGUUGCGAGUACAGCAACUGAUAUGACUGGAUCCAUAUAUCAUGAAAGACAAGUAAAAGAGCUUUGUGCAUUACAUGCAUUAAACAAUUUAUUUCAAGAAAGACGAUUUAGUAAACAAGAAUUAGAUCAAAUUUGUUAUAGUUUAAGUCCAGAUGUGUGGAUUAAUCCCCAUAAAUCAUUAUUAGGUCUUGGUAAUUAUGAUAUUAAUGUUAUUAUGGCAGCAUUACAACGAAGAGGACAUGAAGCAGUUUGGUUUGAUAAACGCAGGAAUUUUUUCAGAGACCCCAAAUGUCUAUGUUUAGAUAAUAUUGAAGGUUUUAUAUUAAAUGUACCUACAGAAUAUAAAUUGGGAUUUGUAUUACUUCCUUUGAAAAGACGACAUUGGAUUGCCCUGAAGAAAAUUCAUGGUGCCUUUUAUAAUCUUGAUUCAAAACUUGAUUCUCCUCAACUUAUUGGAAAGGAAAAUGAUUUACUUAGAUAUCUAAAGGACCAAAUAGAUAGUAAAGAAAAGGAACUAUUUCUUGUCGUAUCAAAAGAAAUAGAUAAUAAUCAAGGAUGGUUAAUAAAUACAUAUGCAAAUAAGGAAGGAAUUAAUCACGAUACUGAUAUCAUGUAUAUUGAAGAUGGAUAUACAGGAAUUGAUUUGAAAAAAGAAGAAUCCACAGAAAUGAAUAAAAAUGAAAAAUCAUUAUAUGAUAAAAAUUCUAGGUAAUUAAAGUUUUUUCUAAUUUAGUUAAACUAUGUAUCAUUUUCAAUGCUUCAAAAUAAAUUAAAAAUUAAAGUGACAAUAGUUCAUUCGUUAAAAAAAAAGUUUUAUAUUCAGGAAAUUGAAAAGGAAAUAAAAGAUUAUAUAUUAUGUAUAUUAUAUAAUAAAAAAUUUACUAUUUUUAUUAUAACUUGAGUUAAUAUAUCAUAUGAAUAAUUAUUUGAUUAAAAUGUGUAAUUAUGUUCUUAAAUUCAUAUUUAUAAACAUGAAGAAAAUUUUAUCAUGAUAAAGAUAUAAUGAUUCAAUUAUGAAUACAUAUGUUAUUAAUUAUUAUCUAUAUAGAUUUUUUAUGAAAAUGUUAUGUAUUAGUUCAUUAUAUAUAAGGUAUUAACAUAUUCAUAAAAUAACUUUGGAGACAUCUUUAUGAAAAUGUUAUAAUGUUAUUAAGUUCAUUAUAUGUAAGAUAUUUAUGUAUUUUUAGAGCAUCUUUAGAGGAUCAAUUCUAAAAUGUUAAACGAAACGAAAUAGAAAUAGAAACCGUUUUUAUUUUUGUUAUAUUUUUGUUAUAUCGCACUCUGUCCUUUGCUUGAUUUAAUAUAAAUUUAAAUUGAAUAUAACUUAAUAAAUGCAUCUUAAAUACAAUUA